CGACGGGGGAGAUUCGCGCGCGGGACCGGCGGGGGUCCAGUGAGAAAUGGCCGCUGUUUUGAGGAGAGAGUUCCGUACCGUCGUGGCGGGCGCGCUCGCCGGCAACGGAAACCUGCCGUUGCACGUAGCCGCACGGUCCCUGACGAGGUCGUCGAUCCGGUGCGACAUCAGCGAGGGAUGGCUGAGCAAGCUCCUGGUGAGGAAGAUCGAGCCCACGAAGGAGUCGCACUCGCGUAUGCUCUCCGACAAGGAGGUCAUUUACGCGCUGCACACUCAAAACAUACGGCCAGACUCGAUUGACAAAUACUUGGCCAACUACGAGGAACAUGUCAAUCUCAUACACUCGAAAAAGUCUGAUUUGAAUUGCGAACUAGUGGGUUCGUGGACGGUGGACGUGGGAGACUUGGAUCAGGCCUUACAUUUGUGGCAGUAUACGGGUGGAUACGAGCGUGUAGAUCAUGCGCAGGCUGUGCUUUCCAAAGAUGAGGCUUACCAGCGAUUGCAGAAGGAACGUGGGAAUUACUUGAGAUCGCGCCACUUGCAAUAUCUAUUGGCAUUCAGUUAUUGGCCACCGCUGGUAAAACGAAAAGGCUCGAACAAAUACGAAGUGCGUAGCUACAGUUUGAAACCGGGCACGAUGAUAGAGUGGGGAAACAAUUGGGCGAAGGCUAUUAAUUAUAGGCGCAACAACGACGAACCGUUUGCUGGUUACUUCUCGCAAAUUGGUAGACUGUACAACGUUCAUCAUAUUUGGUGUUACAAGGAUCUUCAGUCGCGUAAGGAAACGCGCGAGAGUGCUUGGAGAUCACCCGGUUGGGACGAGUGCGUCGCUUAUACCGUACCUUUAAUAAGAGAAAUGCAUUCGCGCAUAUUAAUCCCGACUUCGUUCUCGCCCACGCAAUAAGAUUUUACGGGUACGAACCAAAAAUGCAUUUGUAUAUUAUACCGGUUAUUUCUUAUAAAUAUACGUACGGAUUGUAAUAUUGUAAAAACAUUUGUUACAUGUAUACACUGCGUAGAUUUUAAGUAUAUUCGAGCUAUUUACGCGCAUGAGAAAGGCUAGAAAUUUUUGUUGCAUUACAACUGGCAGGAUAUAGUUUGUUACUGUUUCACGUUGUAUACAUUAACAAAAGCGGCGGUUUUAUAUUUAUAUAUAAAACCGUCGAAAUGUCAGUUGAAUCAACAUAUACAUAUAUGUAUGUAUAGAGAGAGAAAGAUAUAAAGGAAUGAUCUUUAUAAUUCUGCAUUUUUUACUUCAUCCAUUCAGUCUGCAAUUUCAAAGUAUUCUAUAGGAAGACAAUACGAUAUAUUUCAAUUUUGUUCACUUUCUCAUUUGUCGUAUUUUUUUAUUUUUGCAUGUUAUCUCUGGCAAAAAUGUGUAGAUAGUACAAUAGUAUAAUAUAAAUAAAAAAGGUGAUUAGAUACUUGAAUUUAUUGCUAAUUAAACAUACAAAUUAUCAGUAAAAUCUGACUUAAUCAAAGGAUUGAUAAACUGGAUAAAAAUGUAUUCACAAAAAGUGCUUGACACCAUUCUUAUCUUUAUUAUUUUAUCAAUCUAGUAUAUUGGAUUAAACAGUUUCAUCAGCUGUUUCUUUUAAGCCUUAAUUUGCGAUGCAGGCAUGACCUACUUAUACUUUCUCCUAUCGAUUUAGUUAUUAAAUUGUGUGUAAAUUACUUAAAUUUAAAAAUAAAAACUGAAUACUCGUGUAAUAAUAAUUAUCAAAAAUGUUUACAACUCGAUUGAUCGCAUUACGUAUAAUGCAUUUCGCGAUUAUUGAUUAGAAAUAUAUUGAUAUCUAUCUUAUUGAAAUUUUAUCUUUUAUUUACUUGUUAUGUUAGUAUAAAUAAAGGUAAUAAUAAUAAAAUAAUAUUAAUAAAAUCGGGAGAAUAUUAAUCUGUUAUUAUUACAUCUCGUGCUACGAAUGAGUUGUAUGAGCAUAUAUUGACUACAAAUGUUAAUUAACUCACCCACUCAGGCAAUUACACUCAAUUCGAUGUAAAACACUUCAGCAUUACGACUGAAAGUUCUUGAUGAAAUUAUUCUCUUUAAUGAUUAAUUCUCUUGCAGUUAAUAAAAUUAACGCAACUAAUAAAGUUAAUGCUUAAGAUAUAAUACUAUUAGUUGCGAGAAUUUACGUGUUAUCAUUUCAAUGUAGAGCUAUGCACAUUACAAAAUUGAAUUAAGAAUAAAUAUUACAAACUCGAA